AAACGAAAGCAAGGCAGAAGACCCUCUCAGACUCUCAAUAAAACUCAACCUCAGGCAAUUAUUCUUCCCUGCAUUUAAAUGCGACUGAGACAUCAGGAACUCCAGUUCAGACAGCCUCCCCAACCUCAUCCAAGAUUACGAUGGAGAGUUUGGAAUCGGACCAGCAGGAACUGAAAAAACUCACAGAGACCCCCUCAAUGACGCAAGGUAGAGACGCAGGUCCGACGGCUCCUUUACCCACCGCCUCACUCUCAGAGACUGCAACACCGUCAGCUCCAGAGUCCGUCGGGACCACAACAAACAAAGAAGAUCAGAUCGUUACUUUGCUGCCUGAGGAUGAGGUGGAUGAGCCAGACAAGUCCUCCAGCUCUAUACCACAGGACACAGAGAAGGAGCGGGUGAAGGCUCCACAGGAGCAGCAGUACUCAGGAGUGAAGGAGAGUUGGGAGCACACUCCUGACUCCAGUUCUUGUGUUGUGUCGCUUAAAGACUACCUCCUGCAGAGCUGCAUUCCCCUUCAGAAGAAGACAAAAAAGAAAUCUCAAGAAUCACAUUCUCAACCGAGCACUUUCCACAAAACGGAAACCUCAGUCUCAGUCAUGAUCUCAUCAUCACUGAUGCAAGUGCUCCACACCCAGACUGUGGAGACAACCUUUCCAGUGGAAGCUUCUGCUGUGGUUGUUCCAUAUCUUACUGAGCGUGAACAUGUGCUUGAAGCUGGAUCUGUGGAUCUUGCACCAAGUCUUACUUCAGCUCUGGUUACACUUACGUGCUCUGACACUCUUGCCUCUACAGCCACUCAUGUUGUGGAUUUUUUGGACCCUUCGGCUGUUGAGAGUUCUGAUUUGAAGCUUAAUGAGAAGAGCAGAGAUAAACCGGUGGAGGACAAACGCACUUCCAUUCUCACCAGUAACCUGGAUCUGACAUUCACUCCAGUUUUAACCACUAAAAGUGAUGAGAUGGAUCAAGUCCAGUUGUCUGUAUCUGCAGUAGAGAAAUCUACCACUGAAAAGAACACGACUCCUAGUUUGAUGACCAGCACCAUGGAUCAGGCGACAUUUACCCCUCUGUCAACUUCCACAGAUCAGUCCUUUGUCCAACCAACCAUAAGCAAAAGUGUAACUCCUUCUGUAUCAAUAACAGCUGCCCCUCUAACAGAACCCUUAGAGGUGGUAUCAGUUGUAGCAGAACCUAAAAGUGAAGAUCUGCUCGAUGAAGCUUCCCUUGGAGGCCACAGUGUCAACACUCAAUCCGAAACCUCUACUAAUGGCCAAUCGGUGCAACCAUCGUCCUCUGACUACUACGCCGAAAUCCCCAGCUCCACCGAUGCACCGAUCCCUGGCUCCAGCCAGAAGGAGUCAGUCUUCAUGAGGCUAAACAACCGGAUCAAAGCCCUGGAGGUGAACAUGUCACUCAGUGGCCGUUACCUGGAACAGCUCAGUCAGAGGUAUCGAAAGCAGAUGGAGGAGAUGCAGAAGGCUUUCAACAAAACCAUCAUUAAACUCCAGAACACGUCAAGGAUGGCUGAAGAACAGGAUCAGAAACAGACCGAGUCUAUACAGGUGCUGCAGAGGCAGCUGGAGAACGUGACUCAGCUCGUCCUUAACCUGUCACUGCAAGUGAGCCAGAGGUAUCGACCCACUGCCCUGACCAAAACCACUGUCUCUGACAGGCACAGCUACCUGCUGCUGUGUGUGGUCCUCGGCUUGCUCAUCUGCAUCGUCAUCUGUGUUAAUUACUGUCGCAUGUCGGCUGAGAAUCUCUCGACAGAACCUGACCUAUACGUACCAAACUCCUACAGCUACUGCUGCCCUGACAGAGAUUCCCCUGAUGAGGACGUGAACCCAAAGCGGAGAGCAUCUUAUCCAUUUGCACAGUCAUCCCUGCAAAUCGCAACCACUGAAGUCCCCAAUGGAGGAUUGCGAUGUAAUGACCACCGUCCUCACAAUCUGGACUUAAAGCUGCCUCCUCGUAGCCUCGUCCCUCCUCCCUUCUCCUUCAGAGACUCCUCGUCAGAGGGAAGCUCUGAAGACUCCUCCCAGUCAGACGAGCCUUCAUUCUGCGGUAUCGCCUCCUGCAGCCGCCUCUGUGAUCCUCUGCCUGCUGCAAAGAGCUGCUCCAAAAAGAGGAACCGCUUGAAAAAGAGGAGCACCGUACUCAAGCAGCUUCUUCAGCCUGUGCAGUGUAACGGCCCGCCGGUCGCGGCUAAGUUCUCCCUGCGUGGCUUAAUCACAGGCUCCACAGAGCUGAACACGAACAGGCCAGGAGUCCCAUUGCUUCCUAAAAAGAACAGUUAUAACUGA